CUAAAUUGACUUGGGAAAGUCUAUGUCAGCUUUCACACCUGAGGUCCUUACCUGGACUUGAUAAGGCAAUGAAUUGAGAAUACAAAGUUACUUGCAUCAGCUUUUCAGUUCGGACAGAAGACAAGCCAAGUACAAUCAAGCAAGCAAAACAUGGGUGGUCAUCAGAUCAAUCCUCCCAUUCCCACUCCUGAGGAAAAAUCUUCAAUGGACCAAGAUUACUCAAACCCAUCAUUGCCAUCCCAACCCUUCAAUUUUCCCAGCGUGAAGGUCGAGGAUGGGAGAGUCAGCCAAGAUAAUCGGGUGAUUUCUGGCGAACUCGACCAAGUUGGUCCUUUCUCGACCUCUUCUUUGGAGAUUGAAGCUAAUCAAAGGAGGAGACGCAAUACUUACUCAGAGGUCUUUCAGAGUUAUGAUCCAUUGCGGGUUCACAGCAAAAUUCUGGAUGAGGCCAAGAGCAAGAUUUUGAGCUAUGUCCCUGGAGCAUGGAUUGACAAUGUGGGCAGUGACUAUGAUGUGCCAAAAACGACGACCCUCCUUUUGGUUGGUCCAAAAGGGUGUGGAAAAAGCAGUCUUAUAAACAAAAUCUCAAGAAUAUUUGAAGAUGACAAGUUUGCAUCAGAAAGAGCUCAAGUAUCAUACAAUCCAUCUGUUGGAGAUGGGACCUACUUUCUUCAAGAAUAUAUGAUCCCAAGAGGCUCGACUUCUUUCUGUCUUUACGAUACCAGAAGUUUGAGUGAUGCCAAGUCUGAAAACAUUGAUAUGAUAAAGUGUUGGAUGACCAAAGGUGUUCGUCAUGGAGAACUAAUUAUCAGGGAAUCAGAUGGUUCAAGGUUAAGGAGCAGAAUGAAGUGCAAAACUCAAGAAGACAAUUGUCAGUCCACUGAGAUGAGGAAGGUUAAUUUUGUCAUUUUUGUUGUUCAUGGUGUUUCAUUUCUGAAAUCCAUGGAAGGUGAUGACAAUGAAGGGAAACAGUACAUACAAUUAAUUACUAAAGUUUUUAAUUGCCCGCACCUGUCAUUCAAAGAUGAUAAACCUGUUGUUGUUGUCACACAUGGUGAUUUACUUUCGCUGUCUGACCGUUUGCGUAUUCGUGUCCAUUUGGGAGAGCUUCUGGGAAUUCCACCAGCGAAACAAAUUUUUGACAUUCCAGAAAGCUGUGAUCCAAUAACAGAGUUGACAAUUGUUGAAAUGUUGCGGUAUUCACUUGAGCAUGCAGAUCGAAACCUUCCUCGAAAGAACUGGGUUCUUGACCGGGUGCACAAGGUUUCUGUACCUGCGUGUGUUUGUCUGCUAAUAAACCUUGGGAUCGCAAUGGUAUCUGCUCAUAUGAAACAUCUGAAUGUGGACCAUGCCCGCAAAUCAAAAUCUCGCAGAGAUCGGGGUACCAUCUGGCACAAGUGGUUAGACUAGGAGUACAUUUACCUUUUAUGUCAGGUUUGUUGCCCUUUAAUCAAAUUCUUAUGGAAGAUAAACAUAGUUUGAGUGACUUCAUGUGUAAAUGAAAUAAGCUUUUCAUAUUAAAUGCUGCCCAUUUGAAUAACCUUUCGUAUCACUCUGGAAUUUACAAUGCAUUGUACUCUUGUAUACUUGACAAUGAGUAUGUUGAUAACGUUAAGCUAUAUCCACUUGUCAAGCGUAAACUAAUAUAAUCAUUUGAUAUGUACA